UGGAAACAAGUUGUGUGAUAACCGGUGUAAAAAAUUCCCAUUAAACAUAGCGUUUGGCGAAGCGAAAAAAAAAACAAACACAACAUACUCCCUAAACCCAUCUCCUUAAUUUAACGACGCCCCCUUAACAGAUUCAGCAACAGUCAACCUCGCAGCGCGGACCCUGACAGCCGAGAUGCUGCCAAGCUGGUGACCACCGGAGUCUGUCAGUGGUCAGUCAGUAGUCAGUCAGUUUAGCAUGGGGCAGUGACUUUUAUACUUGGACUGGGAAUACCAUGGCAAGGAUGGAGCUGCCGGUGCUAGACAAGUUCUGCUUCAUCUUCCACCUCAGGACAGGAUGCAUCACUAUGGGCAUCAUGAACUCUAUCAUAACCUUCGUGCUAGCCGUGAUCCUGAUCACCUUCGCGGUAGACAUCAAGGCAGCAUCAGAGUCCAAGUCAGAAGACGCUGUAUCUUCCGUGGUGUACACCAUAGUGGUGCUCAUGGUCGUAUUGUUGCUGAUCAAGUUUGUGCUGGAUAUGGUGUUCGUGUAUGCUGUUUAUAAGGAAAAGAGCAGUUUAAUGAAGAAGUACUGCAUCUUCUGGGUGGUGUUCCUGGUGCUGUUCAUCAUCGGCUUCCUCAAGAGCUUGUUCCACAUGGGCGCGGGGCACGUCAUCGCACAGAUCCUUUUCUUAGCCGAAAAUUUCUACUACAUCGUUGUGAUUCGAAGCUACCUGAUUUCGAUCCACGAAGACGGAAUGUUGUAAGUAUAACCAUCUCGUUCACACCCUUCAAAGAACGAGGGAGCGAGAUGGCACGACCAUGGACCAGGAGCUUGUUGAAACGGCGAGUGAAAUACCUACCUAUACAAGCCUUUUCAUUUGUCAUGUGUUAGCUCUGUCUCUGUCGGACCAUAGUAAAUAGAAUGAGAUAGAUGUUUUUAUCGCAUGACAAGUGAAGAUUUUUAGUAUGAGAGACUAGUAUGUAAUAAAGACAAACAAGUAUAUAGAGGUAUGGACGAAUAAAGCAAGAAGACUGACAACGUAUAUAGAUACAAUAUCGCGUUCCUUGAAUAUUUAGCUUAUUGCCAGAUGGCAUCACUAGCGUCCAAUAGUGGCAAUUUUCAUAAGAAAGGAAUUUAAAUUGUUCUUAGAGUAUUAAUGGCAGUGCCAUCUCUCUUAGCUAGCCUGAUCACCUGAGUUUGAUUCAGUUAGGAGGUCGAACCAUACUUUUCUACCUCAGGGAUGGCCAGGGGGCGCCAGAAGCUUUCGGAAAUUGUCAUAUACUUGGUAAUUUCGACCCAUGCCACGGAGCCCGGGUAGCCGAGUGGUUCAGGCUUUUUUUUUUAUAUACUACGUCGGUGGCAAACAAACAAGCCUGCCUCGUGGUAAGCAGUCUCUGUAGCCUAUGCAACGACGUGCAACUACAGAGGAGUUACAUGCGCGUUGCUGACCCUAACACUCCGCACCCUCGUCUGUCGCGUAAACGGACGCCUGGUUCGUUUCCAGCCCUGGGUACUGGAGGCCUUGGUAAUUUUUUUCCUUUGUAUAUGUCAUUUAUUUCGUUUAUACCAAAUUUAUUUAGAAAUGUAACAUCUAAGUUAUACAAAAUAAGGUGAUUCUUCAAUUCUAUUUCAAAUUGAGUCCAAAAGCAACUUGGACGAACUAUCAUAGGCAUCAUCAUUCAACGCUUGAAGUUUAACACAGCAGGUCUCAUAGCAAUCAAUAUUUUUCGGCUCUAAGACCUCUGCUUUUGCAUUAAAAAACAUUUUGUUCCCUCUUGCAUCCAAUAGAUGGUGCUGAAUAUUGAGAGAUUGCGAAUUUGUAUAAUACCGGUCUUCCUGUUUUAUUGGUCUAUCUAUGGUAAUCCUUGAAUUUGGCAAUCUUUUGGUAUGGAACUCUUACAAUUAUGAGAAAUAAAAUAAUCGUCACCCUAGUUCACCAUCGUAGUAAUUACGCGGAGAAUUUGGUCGUAAUAUAGACCUUUUGUUUGCGCAUUAUGGUACUAAUUGCAAA